UGCAGUCGACUCACCUGACUUUACUUUCGUCAUUCCACGAAAACUUAUCGUGUGCUCUUUGUUUAGCCAAAGAUUCAUUCGUAUUUCACUUUUCCCUUGUUGAGUACCUACCUUGAACAUUCUUUUGUUAGUGCGAUUAUAAGUUUUUUAAAAUUUCGAGGACACCCGCAGACAACGGCAAUGAUACGCAACAUUCUUCUACUUGUGUUGUUAACAACUAGUGCCAGUGCUUUCUGCCCGACAAACUGUAACUGCACUGACAAUUCCGCAAUAUGCAAUUCGGCGAAUUACACCCGUUUCGAGGGUGUCAUAUUGAGCCUCAAAAUUUCGAACCCCAACGAACCCAUAGCAAUUAAAGGGCAAGUAUUCAAUGUCAGCGGUCUAGAGCACUUAAACUCGAUCUCGAUCGAACAUGCCUCAAUUCUGGCCAUCGAUGGGAAGGCCCUUAAACCGCUCUCAUCCUUAUCCUCCUUACGCAUAAACAAUUCCUCAAUUCCCGUAAUCGGUAAUUCAAACAUGCUUGCCGAUGCAGACGAAUUGCGUAUGCUACAAAUUACGAACUCCGCCUUGCGUAAAUUAGAAUCCCUCGCUUCAAAUUUCUUAGAAGAAAUUGAUUUGUCAGGAAAUUACCUUACGGCAAUCACACAAAAAACUUUCGCCAAUCUUCCUUAUCUCACAUUCAUAAACCUAGACAAAAACUACAUCUCGUCUGUCGAUCACGGCGCUUUCUCCAACUUACCAAAUCUGCAAGACGUUACAAUGACACAUAAUAAUAUAUCGGAUCUUCCGCGAGACCUUUUUCAAAAUAACACCGAGAUCAUUUCUAUCAAUCUAUCCCAUAAUCCGCUAAAGAGAAUUGAUUUAAGCCUACUAGACGCGGAUUUAGAAAAGUUGGUACUCCAAUCUUGUCAACUGCAGACGUUCGGGGACGACCUCUCCAAAAGUCUAAUGGCACUUAACCAUCUGGACCUAAGCAAUAACUCUCUUAAUCUAACGUACGGAUUUUUCGAUAAAAUGGAAGAGUUAGUAUAUCUCGAUUUAUCCCGUAAUAACUUGACAAAUCUGGACCCGCUCGUAAUUCAAUUCAAUGUCAGACUUCAAAAAAUUAUUCUCGACUACAACCAUUUUAGGGAGUUCCCCGAAUUACAAAUUACAACAUUACAAAAUGAUUUCAUCACCGACUAUUUCUCGUGCGGCCAUUGCGGUAUUUCCCAAAUGGCCAGAGACGCUUUCAAACAUUUUCCCUCUCUAGUUACACUUAACCUGUCGCAUAACAAACUAAAUGAAGCCAAUCUCGCUAUAUUCCAGCGGCUACCUAGGCUGGUUAAAUUAGACCUGUCGUACAACGAUAUUUCGCGUAUACCUUCUUCGACAUUUGUCAAUUCCAUCGCAUUAAAAACAGUUAACCUGGCCGGAAACUUCUUAAAAAGCAUCGACACUAAUAUUUUCAAACGUAAUCUCGCCCUUAAAACUUUGGACGUUAGUUUUUGUGGAUUACGCCAACUUUGGCAACAACCGAUAAAGACAAAUUUGAAAGCGUUGCACCAAUUAAGAAUCGUAAACAAUUCCUUAACUUCGGUAACCACUCGUGAUUUUGAAGUAAUUCCUUCUCUGCAAGAACUCGACCUUUCCCAUAAUCCAUUGCGUUGCGAUGAAAUAUUGCAUAACGCCACAUCUUGGUUAAACAAGCAUAAUGUUCAACCACUUCUCGAUUCGCUUCAAUGGAAAACUCACGAAGAACUAAACGAUUAUGAAAAUCAAGGGAAGGCACUUUCCUCUUGGAGAUUCUUGGUAAAGGAGAGAUGCUUGGACGACUACUUUUUUGAUACCUUUAACGAUGAUGAAGAAGACAACAACAAAUCAACAGUUGAAGACAGCGAUGAGGACGAGUAUGACGAAUGUGGCGAUGAAUACUUCCGCUCCAUUCAUUUUAAAGCUGAUCGGCAAACGGAAUAUCCACUAUAUGAAAUAAUUUUUAUAUUCGUCGCCACUGCCGUAACAGUCGUCUUGCUUGUCGUCAACAUCUUCCUCUACUGUUACAGAAGAAAAUUGGUACCCGUGAAGGUCCCACACGUCAAAAUUCCCUGGUUUAACUCUAUCAAUCGGCACAAGCAUAGCGGUUCCGUUUAUCAGCCCCUUUCGGAAGAAAAGAGUGAGUCAACACUUAACAAUGACGUGCUGCCUCACGUUCCAGUGCAUGGUGUGUAGAGGACUUUUUAGGCAUCUAACUCAUAAUUUUUUUUAAAUUUUAAUUCAGAAGACUUAAUGUGAGGAGUAGUUUUUAGUUUCCGACUUAGAAAUGUAGCUAUUGUUGUUAUUUUUUAAUGUUUUCUUUUGUUGCAGCAUUUACGUGAAAAAUGUAAUGUUGAGAAAUAGAUAAGCCAUUUUUAAAAUGGAAAAUUAUUUAAUCAGUAGAAUUUAUCUUAUCAUGUUAGUCAUAAAGUUCAUAUAAAUAUAACUAACUGUUAAACGUA